AUGAAUAUAAGCGGAAUAUUUACAGCGAAGAAAGCUACAAGGGGUUCAGAAUUUCUGAACCCUGAAAAUCUGAAAUCAAUGAAUAUAAGCGGAAUAUUUACAGCGAAAAAAGCUACAAGGGGUUCAGAAUUUCUGAACUCUGAAAAUAUGAAAUCAAUGAAUAUAAGCGGAAUAUUUACAGCGAAGAAAGCUACAAGGGGUUCAGAAUUUCUGAACCCUGAAAAUCUGAAAUCAAUGAAUAUAAGCGGAAUAUUUACGGCGAAGAAAGCUAGAGGGGGUUCAGAAUUUCUGAACCUGAAAAUCUGA